AUGCCCUCCGCGUACACCCAGCGCUCCCUGGCCAUGCUGCUGCUCUUCGGCACGCUGGCGGCCCUCAUGGCGGUGCUCGCCUCCAUCCUCAUCUUCCAGCUCCAGGCAGGCCGGGCCCAGGCCGGCCCCCCCAGCGCCGUCUCGGAGCGGGUGGCGGGUGUGCUGCUGCCAGUCUCGGCCGUGCUGGCCGCCCUGUGCCUGGUGCUCAACAUCAGCUGCCUCCUGCUCUGCCUGCUGCACAGCUACUUCAGCGCCGAGGCGUGCCGGGGAGCCGCGGAGCCGGACAGAGCUGACUGGUUCCUGUUGGACAGCCGCAUGAUUCGGCAUGUUGCCAUUGGCUUGUUCUGCUGCGGUGUUUCCAUCUAUUUAGCAGCUCUCUCCAUCUACAUGCUGCUGCUGUUUGAAAUCGAGACUGGAAUAACCAGCGCCUGCAUCCUGUCCUCCGGGAUCAUCGUCCUGCUGAUCAUGGUGAUGCACGCCUUCAUCAGGGCCUCCCAAGCCUCCCGGCGCAGCCAGUCCGAGCUCUGCCGUACCCUCUACGAGAACGACUCCGCCCGGCGCAGCGACACCCCGGCUAGCGAUCUCAACAACAGCAAGAACGUGGCUGCAGCCCGCCCGCGGCCAGAGAUCCACCGAGAGUUCUCCUACCCACCAUACAUAGAGCAGAAGCCCCACCUUGCCUCACCAGCCAGAGGCAGCUUCACCUUGCCAGGAAGCCAUAGGCCACUGGCUGAGAAGGACAGCUGCAACCUGCCCCGGACACACAGGACGCUGUCGGCAGAGCCAGGCCUGCUGCAGGUAGAGGGCAAGCCCUGGAACAGCGUCACCCAGGAGAUGAGGAAUAUUUUGUCACGGAAGCCAGCAGCCUCUGGGAAGGAUUCAACUUUGGUGUGA